UCAACAAAGGUCGAAAGAUAACACGCCUCAUUGCUGUCCCAUGGACACACGAGAACGAAAGAGACACACGUCUCCAAGAAUCUUCUCCAGUGCUUGGCUAGCUGGAUAACAUGCACACAGCUCUUUUAUCUCGCCCGCAUCUGAACCAUGUGGCAGUGUAUGAUCCAAAACUGGCCUCUGGCCAGCUUUACGUGCGGAGAUUGGAGAAGAAGGUCUACCAGUUUCUAUCUAUCUGUCUAUAAAUAUAUACCAGGCGGCAGACUGGUGUCUUACACUUGCAUCCUUCUUCUUCAGGCAUGGCUUCCUUCCGCGGUGGUUUCCUCGCGGUCGCCAUCCUUUCUCUGCUGGCGAGCGCCGCCCGCGCGCAGCUGUCGCCGGCCUUCUACGCGACGACGUGCCCCAACCUGGAGACCAUCGUUCGGUCGGUCAUGGCCCAAGUCGUCGCCCAGGAUCCUCGGAUGGGCGCCUCCAUGAUUCGCCUCUUCUUCCAUGACUGCUUUGUGAAUGGCUGCGAUGCAUCCGUCCUCCUGGACGACACACCGACGAUGGCCGGCGAGAAGAACGCGAUGGGGAACAUGAACUCCCUCCGCGGCUACGAAGUCGUCGACGCCAUUAAAUCCAGAGUGGAGGCGGCAUGCCUGGCGACGGUGUCCUGCGCCGACGUCGUCGCCCUCGCCGCGAGGGAUUCGGUGAGCCUGCUCGGGGGGCCGUCCUGGACGGUGAUGCUGGGCCGGCGCGACGCGAGGGUCGCGAGCAAGGACGCCGCCAAUGCUAACCUCCCGCCGGCCUCCGACAACCUCAGCAGUCUCAUCAGUAAGUUCGCAGCAAAGGGCCUCGACCUGCGGGACCUGACGGCGCUCUCCGGCGCGCACACCGUUGGCGUGGCGAAGUGCAGCAGCUUCCGGCCCCACGUGUACAGCGACGCCAACGUCGACCCCGGGUUCGCCAUGUUCCGGAAGCGGCUCUGCCCGACCGUCGGCGGCGACGCAAACCUGGCGCCACUGGACCCCACCAGCCCGAACCGGUUCGACGUCAGCUUCUACCGCGACCUGAUGGCCCGAAGGGCGCUGCUGCACUCCGACCAGGAGCUGUUCAACGGCGGGCCGGCGGAUGAGCUGGUGCGGCUGUACAGCUCCAACGGCGGGGCUUUCGACAGGGACUUCGCGGCGGCCAUGGUGAAGCUGGGCAACAUUAGCCCCUUGACGGGGUCCGCCGGGGAGAUCAGAUUGAAUUGCCGGAAGGCGAACUGAUGAGAUUGCACGAAUUCUUUACUGCAAGUAGUCAUACAACAUUUUUAUACGUGUACGUAUGCAGAAAGAAUUUGUGAAGACUACCCAUUCGGGAGUCGGAUUUUAUUAUUUCUUGA